AUGUUAAUACCAAAAAUACUAGAAAAAGAAAUAGAUUUUUAAUGCUAAUCUUAAGAUCUAUAACCUCCUGAAUUUGUAAUUAUAGAUUCUUCAUUGCCUCAUAAUAAGAGAUUUUUCUGCAAAUCUUGUGGAAAUUAAAGGCAAUCUACAUUUAAGAUUAUAGAUUUUUAAAGUUUAAGAAAAAGUUUUGAUGAAUUAUAAAGGGAAUUUAUACAAUAAAAUGAGUCAAUUAUUAGAUUACAUAUUGAAAGUGUAAUAAAAUUAGAAAACAUUCUAAUCAAUCUUAAAACAAGAUAAAUUCAUUAAUUUGAUAAUUUACUUUUACUUUUGAAAGAAUGGAUCACAGCCUUAAUUGAUUCUGUAUCAUCAUAUAGUUUCUUCAAAUAAUUAGACAGUUUGUUUACUCUUUAAUUAUUUGAUAAUGACUAAAGCAAUCUAAUAAAAAAUAUUACUAAAAUUCACUCUUACUUCCAAGCCCAAUUUGAUUUAGAUUUAUUUAGAGAACAACCAGAAUUCAUCUCUGUCUAAGAGAUAUUUUAAUUUUUAAAUAAUUUAAUAGCCACAUAGAAUGUUGAAUUGCAAUAUAAUUUUAGAGUUGAGCGACCAAAAAAUUAAUUUCUCAGUUAAUUGAUUUAAUCAAUAAGAAAUAUGUAGGAAAAACAAUAGCAUUAUAUUAUUGAGGAUACUAUAUGUCCUUUUGGUAUUUUCUAUCGAUAUAAAAAAUAAUUUUAUAUCACUAAGAACAAUAAAGAAGUCAAAUAUUAAUCAUUAGAUGGAGAAAUUGUGCGAAUGUAACUAGAUUGCCAUAUAAAACUAGUGAUAGAAAAAAUAAGAAUUAGCAUAUAGAAAUUUUGAAGAAAUGGGAAUAAAUUGUUUAUCUUUAAUGGAAAGGGCAAUAUGAUAAUAAUAAAUAACAAGUUGGAUAUUGGACAGCAACUUGGAAAGGAGAAAUUAUAAAAGAUGUAGGUGGAAUUUACAAUCAAUUUGGGAAAAAAGAAGGUUUAUGGAAGGAUUUGAUAAGAAAUUAUUGGAGGUAAUAUUUAAGAUUAAUUAUAUAGUAUAGCUCAAGUAUAUGAAGUAGGACAAUAUUAGAUGGGUUUAAAAUAGGGAAAUUGGAAAUUCAUAUAUAAAGAUCAAGAAAUGUUUUAUAUUAUAUUUUAUUAUGACUAGUGGAUGUGGAGAAUACAGUAAAUAAGGUGAAAAAACUGGAAAAUGGCUUGAAUUGAGUGAUAUGUUUUGUGAUCAUUCUAAAGUAACAUAGAUGGGUGAAUAUAAUUAAGGGAAAAAAGUUGGUAGAUGGGAUAUUUUAUUUAAUUAUUAAGGGAACAAUAGCAAGAUGUAACUAAUGUUAUUUAUUUUUAAUAAAAUAAAAAUUUAGUGGAGGAGGAGAGUAUGAUUAAGCAGGAUAAGGACUUAAAAUUGGGUAAUGGAUAGAUAUUAGUGAUGGAUUUUUUGAAGAUUCUUAAGUAACAUAUAAUGGUCAGUAUAAAAAUGGCAAAAAAGUUGGGAAAUGGGAUAUUUUAUUUAAUUGGAAUGGAAAGAAUAAGAUGUAUUAAUAUUUAUUUAUUUAAAUCUAUUCUAAACUGUAGUGGUGGUGGAUUUUAUGAUUUAGAAGGCGAAGGACUCAAAACUGGGUGUUGGGUUGAUAUUUAUGAUCAAUAUCAGCAACAUCGUAGUAUAACUUAUAUUGGUGAAUAUAAAAAUGGCAAAAAAGUUGGGAAAUGGGAUAUUUGGUAUAACUAUUUAGGGAAAAAUAAUAAUAUGUAAAUAUUUUAUUCAUUAGUUUACUAAAAAAUACUAAAACUUAGAGGUGGAGGUUUAUAUGAUGAAAAAGGCUUGGAACUUAAAAUUGGAUAAUGGCUUGAAUUGAGUGAUGGAUUUUGCGAUUAUUCCUAAGUAACUUAUUAGGGUUAAUAUGAAAAUGGUUAAAAAGUUGGGAAAUGGGAUAUUUGGUUUAACGAAGAAGGGGAGAAAUAUAAGAUGUAAAAGUUUUCUUAAUAAUAAUACAAUAAUUAAACUAGUGGUUGCGGUUUUUACGACAAAGGAGGUUAAGGUCUUAAGACGGGUUAAUGGAUUGAUAUUCAUGAUUAAUAUCUACAAAGUCGUCAUAUAACUUAUUAUGGUGAAUAUAGGAAUGGCAAAAAAUUUGGUAGAUGGAAUAUUAUGUAUGACAAAAAUGAGAUGUAAAUAUAUUUAUUUAUUCAAAAAUCUUUUUACACUUUAGUGGAGGUGGAUAAUAUGAUGAAGCUGGUUAAGGACUUAAAAUUGGGAAAUGGAUUGAUAUUAGUGGCGGAUUUUAUGAAGAUUCUUAAGUAACUUAUAAUGGUGAAUAUAAAAAUGGUUAAAAAGUUGGGAAAUGGGAUAUUUGGUAUAAAAAGGACAGAAAAAAUAUAAUGAUGUAAUUUGUUUAUUAAUACUAAAAUUUAGUGGAGGUGGUUCAUAUGAUGAAGAAGAUCAAGGAAUUAAAAUUGGGGAAUGGAUUGAGAUUAGUGAAGGAUUUGAUUGUUAUUAUGAAGUUACAUAUAAAGGCUCCUAUUAAAAUGGUAUUAAGGUUGGUACCUGGAUUGAAAUUUUUUAAGGAUUUAACAGAAUUAAAGAAAUUUAAUAUGAUAAUUGA